AUGGAGCUGACAGGCACUGGAAAUCUCAGGUCUGCGGUGGGUGGAGCUUCAGACAUAUCAGCAUCCUAUUCGGAACUUCUGGCCCGAUCCUCCAAGAAGACAAGAGACAACUGCUCCCUCCCCUCCUCUCCUUACCCAGGGGGGAGGAGGAGGCUCCCCUGCUCUCUGCCCUGCUCCCCUCAGCUGAGGGGAAGACAUUGGAGGUCCUCCCCCAUCCCCACAUCUCCUCCGCCUUGUCUGUCUCGGCUCUUGGUUGAAGCAGCUCUGCAGAGAAGCAAAAACAUCCAACCCUCUCCACCACGUUCCCCACAGAUGAGACCGGAGCAGCAGGAGGAGCAGAUGAGGGGCAGCUUGGGGGAGACAGAAGAGAACAGUGAGGGGGAGAAACAGAGUGACGAAGAUAAAGUGAGCGCUGUGAAGAUUUUUGGGAUCCGACAGUCAGACACUGUCAUUUUCAGACCACUGACCUCCCCUGGCGUCCAUGGGAGGGAGGAUGAGGAGGAAGAGAAGAAGCAGGAGGAACAGCAGGAGGAACAGCAGGAGGAGGACUCCAGGUACUGCCUGCUGACUCCCUGCGUCUGUUUCAGGUGUCCCAGCGCUCCUCCAUAUGAAGCUCAAGUUUUCUCAGCUGGAGACGUUCAAACUGUAUCUUCAUUCAGCUCUGAUGGUCAAAAACACAGCAGUUUGACUAAGCUGUCUCACAGGACUGACAUCAUGAGAUCAGACACCACGAGGACAAAUGACCACAGGGCAGAGGGGGGGAGUGAGAAGAGUUUAUACAGAGACAAAGUCCCAUGGCUGGGUGAAAGUUCCCAUCUCUACCCCAGUUUGAGUCUGUUUAGGACAGACAGUCAGACUGAACUAAACAGGAAACAGGAAAUGAACUGCUUCUACAUCAUCCAGUCUUGUUUCCAUGACAACAACACUGAUGUUCACCUGCAGAGGCUCUGUGAGGUGAUCUCAGCUCCGGACAACUCCUGUCAAACUCAGAAGCCAAAACACGAAAUACCUCUGCAGAAACUGAGAGAGUAGAGUUCAAAGAUGAAACUGUUC